AGCGCUAUCAACGUUGGCCGUAGAACCGCAGUGGACGCGCAAAACGCACUGCGUUGUUGUCGUUCAUUAUAGCGUUUGUACUUAAAUACUUUAAUUUUCGUUUUAAGCGUAUGGACAUAUUGAAUACUUUUUGACAAAUUAUAAUACUGUCGUCGACUCACGACGUCUAGAGAUAAUAGCGUCGGAAGACCAUCAUCACUCGGUGCGGUCGGUCUGAUGCAACAAUGACGGGACGACGACGCAAGUUAUUAAUGUCUUCGGUUCUUUAGCGUCUGUACACUCGGAACGGUGGCUGCCGCAAUGACGGCCGCUGACGACAACGGGACACCGCGUCGUCGACGGCUUGUCGUGGACACCCUGAGUGUCGACUGUACGGAGUUUAGCGGAGCGUUCCUCACUUGUCCUACCUGCUUGUGCGUAUACGAUGCCGACGAACACGCUCCGAAGCUUCUAUCGUGCACGCACACUGUGUGUACACAUUGUGCCGGCAGAAUGGCGGCUGCCAGCAAAGCUCGAAUGCCGCCGAUACCAGUUACUGAAGUCGCAGAAGAUGAUGGUGGCAGUGAAGGCAACACGAUAGCUGAAGAUCGUGAUCGUGUUCAAUUACAGGAACAGGCAUCAUUCAAAUGUCCAAUAUGUCGGCAACGUGUAAUGGUGCCAUCUGAUGCUGAUGGAGGUGUUCAAGCCCUUCCACCUUCUUUCCUAGUUAACCAGCUCUUAGACCUAGUGUGUGCUCCACCAGUUGGUAUGGUGUCUGGUGGCGUUAGUGGUGCUUUAUCUAGUAAACGUACUACUGUAGUUGUACCAACAUGUGCUGGGGGUGCUGGAACAGAUCCAGGGCACACCGAAAGAGAAUUAGCAUACUGUAGUCGUUGCGACCAUACCUAUUGUCCUGUGUGUGUCGAGGCUGAAGAAGAAGACAAUGAUCAUAAUGAGAAAGAUAUAGGAGGUAUUAUACCAGUGGAUGAUACCGACACUGAGCCUGUUCCUCGCCAACAGUGCCAUCAUCCUACUUCUGCUGUUUUGCCUGCAUCAGUCGCGGCAGCCCGAUGGGCAGAUGUGCUUCAAUACAGAGCAGCAGAAUUGGCCAAUAAAUUAGAUAGAUGUGCCAGAGCAGUACAAGCUGAGUUACAAGCAUUAGAUGAUUCACAACGUCGUUGUAAAGAAGCUGUGGACUCUGUGUUUGGAGCUGCAGGUCUACUGGUAAUGGCUAUUGAAAACCGAAGAUUAGAGCUAAUAUCUGAAGCAGACAAAACUUGCCUUAGUCGACGUACUGCUUUAGAUCAUCAGCUUAAAGAAAUACUCUCGGAAACGGCACAAAUAACUGCAACUGGACGCUGCAGUACAAUUUUGGACCCAGAUUUAACCACUGUUGAAGACCUCUUGGAGUAUGGCAGUGAAGUGCAGUCAGUAAGAAAAGCUGCUACUGAAAUGGGGCGUAAGUUAACUGAAGUGUCGAAUUCAACAAUGGAGCCAGCAGCAAAUGGUCAUGUUCGAGUCCGAGGUUUGAAUACAGCAGAAGUAAAAGCGGCAAAACAAUCUAUACAUCAUGCUAUACACAAGCUUGGCAUAAUUCGAGCUACCGAGACUUGCCCUUCACAAUGCUGGUUUGAAUACUGCAGUACUGAAUCAGGAAUUUUGCCUUCUUCUCCUUCAGGAGGACCAUUGAUGGUGGCCAAAUCAGUAGGUACAGUUCUUUGUCGACUGAUAGCAAGAGAUGCAUUGGGCUGUAGGAGAAGACAUGGUGGUGAUCCAGUAGACGCCGAGUGGUGGCCUGUUGUAGACGAUAAUGGCAAAGGAGCAACCCGAAGUAAAGGUGGUGGGCGAUAUGCAGUAAAUGCAGACGACAGUGACAGCGAUGGUGAUAAUAAUGUUGACUUUAAUGAGGAUGGAGUCCGAGUAAUAGACCACGGUGAUGGUUAUUAUACAGUACGCGUUCUAAUACACAGAACUGGCAGGUAUCGAUUGCGUGUUAGGGUAUUGGGUCGUCAAAUUCGUCCAACCACCACUGUAAAUGGCCAUCAUGGAUGCAUCGAAUUUCGUGUAGUAGACAAUGAAGCCACAGCGCAAUGUGUAGUUCCUUCAAACAACGAAAGCGAUAGCAGUAAAGCGAGACAACCAGCAGCAGUGACUGCAGUAUGUCACAAACAAUUAUUGCAGGCAUUUGUGCUGGACUUAGUGGCAGGGCAGGUGUGUAUACUCAAGUUGAAUGGAAAACUAAUAGAAUUACCCAUGACACACUGUGAUCCACUGUUGUUUCGUGGCCGAUCAGCUACUGGAUUAGCAGCAGUGUUGUGCUCUCUCGGCACUACACUGUUGGCCUGCAAUUGGCGGACAGGAGUGGUAUGUCGGACUUUGGUAGCUCUAGAUAGUUGUCAGGGUAAGGCACCAUCACUAGAAUGGGUCCGUGUGCUAGGUGUGGAAGAAGUUCUGGAACCUGUGUGUGUUGCGGCUUUCACUAUAGAUCAUCUUGAUGGGUUGGUUCUAUUACUGUUAGGUGACUCACGUGGUCGCGUACACGGAUACCGAAUCACAAGGAACGAAGAAUUAGCAGAGCAUGUGUACACGAUAGACAAUGGGGGCAGUGGUACAGAUGAUGGAGUUGCCGUCGGUGGUUCAUUUAUAGCUGUGGUUGAAAGAGAACUAUAUAUUAUUCCUAGUGGUAAAGGGCCACUUCUCAACGAAAACAAUGAUCAGAAAAUCAGCUGUCGUCGCAGAUUGGACGUGUACAAUGUUACUGAUGGGAAAUUUAAAAGAACCCUGUAUGCCAAAAGCCGAGACGACAAUAUAGUGGACCUGUCAUCGGACAUAGAAGAUGACAAUAGACACACAUUGAACAAGCAAUCAGCAUCAGCUUCUGCAGUGUCUCGAUAUUGCGUGGUCACCACUUGUCCCGGAUUGAUUUGUGACAGACACUAUGUUUUGGCUUGCCGAAAGCACAAGCGACGUGGCGGCGGUGGUCCAGUUGGAGUUGGUGGUCGCUACGUAAUAGAUGUAAUUGAUACACUCGACGACAAAGUGGUAAACACGGUAAAAUGUUCCCUGAAACGACGGCCUUUGUCUCUGGCUGCAUAUCGAGUAGCUUGUUCAGUGCCGCUCCCAACAACACUCAGCAACAACAAUGAUUGUGGUGAUGGCAAUACUUUACAGGAACAAAAGUCUAACUGCACUGACGGUUCGAAAGAAAAUUAUCAAUCGGAAGGGCCAAUCUACUAUGAAUACUAUGUUUUGGUAGCGGACGGUACCGUUGUGAAUAGAUACCGAUUCCGAUGAACGACUUACUUACAAACUGUACUUAUGUAUAUUUCAACUAUGUGUGAACACAUGAUUAAACCUUUUAGCGUACUUAUGUAUAGUCAAAUAUUCUACUUAAUGCAUAUUCUAGUCCUCUUACUAUUAUUAUUAUUAUUAUUAUUAUUUAUGACAUGCAAGUUAAAAAUUAAAUAGACUGUACGCGGCUGUA